GGGGCUGUGAAUGGCAGACUUUCUCCCGGCGCCUUCCCACUCGGCUCCCGGCCCCUCCCUCUUCCGUGCUCGCUCUCUGCCUCCGCCUUUCUCCAGUUCCAUCCCAGCUCUGUCCGGCUCCCUCUAUCCUCCCCUUCCCCAGCUGCCGCCAAAUCCUGGAGAAGUGGAAUUGCGGCCCCGAGGCUCCCGAAAGGAGAGUCCGGGAGCGGAACCGGGCAUGCUCAGUCGGCAGAGCCCGUUUUGGUCGCAAGUAGGAAGCUUUGGCGCUACACCCCGCAGCUGAUCUCGGCGCUGCUCGUUGGGAGACCGGCUAGAGUGGCCAGCGGGGUGCAGGAGCGAGAGGCUGCAGCCGCAUGCCGAGCUGGGUCAGAGCUAUGGGUGAGCUGCUCCUGUUUGAAGGCCAGCGAGUUGUGGUUGGACCUGCCUAGCUGUGGAACAGAAAGAAAGCUGAAUGGGAAGUCCGUAGGAGAAAACUACUGAGAAAACUCCUUUGGUCUGUCUGACCUACUUGAGUGAGUGCUAUUAGUUGACAACGUCUUAGAAGGACAAAAGGAACUUUACCAUCUGUACUUUCUACCAAAGACCUGGGAAAAAUUUCAAAUUAUAACCCAUUUCCUGAUCCAUUGCUGGCGCCCAGUGAUCCAUGUCAGAAGUACUUCCAGGAGUAUAUUCAAAUUCUGUUUGGGGAGCUACCAUAUCAUCCAUAGCCAAGGACACAAUACAUGUUGACUCCGGCGCAGACACCUUGGCAGUGUUUAUGGCCAGCAGCAACACCACGGACGUUGUGAAUAGAAACAGCCCGGCCACCCCACCGAACACCCUUAAUCUCCGCUCCUCCCAUAACGAACUGUUGAAUGCCGAAAUAAAACACGGCGAAACCAAGAACAGCACCCCCCCCAAAUGCAGGAAAAAGUAUGCGCUGACUAACAUCCAGGCGGCCAUGGGGCUCGCGGAUCCCGCCGCCCAGCCCCUCCUGGGGAGCGGCUCCGCCAACAGCAAGCUGGUGAAGAACGGCGAGAACCAGCUCCGGAAGGCGGCCGAGCAGCAGGGGCCCCAGGACCCCAACAAAAAUGGCUCCCCCUCGGCCGUCAUAAACAUAACUUCUGAGAAGUUGGAGGGCAAAGAGCCCGGCCCCCGCGACUCCUCGGGCUGCGAAAUCCUCCCGGCCCGGCCCAGGCGGACCAAGAGCUUCCUGAAUUACUAUGCAGACCUGGAGACCUCCGCCCGCGAGCUGGAGCAGAACCUGGGCAACGGCCACGCGGGGAGGGAGGAGAAAUCUGCCGGGAGUCCGGGCCAGGCCGCCCCCCUGAUUGGGAACGGGGACGUGCUGCCAAGGAAGCCAAGUAAGCCCCAGGCCAGUCCGGAGGACGGCCAGGUAGCCACGGUGUCCUCCAGCCCCGAGACCAAGAAGGAUCACCCCAAGACAGGGGCCAAGACUGACUGUGCGCUCCACCGCAUCCAGAACCUGGCCCCCAGCGACGAGGAGUCGAGCUGGACCACGUUGUCCCAGGACAGCGCUUCCCCCAGCUCCCCAGACGAAACAGCGGACAUAUGGAGUGAUCAUUCAUUUCAGACAGAUCCAGAUUUGCCACCUGGAUGGAAAAAAAUCUGCGAUAUUGCCGGAAUCUAUUAUUGGCACAUACCAACGGGAACAACUCAGUGGGAACGGCCCGUGUCCAUCCCGGCAGAUCUUCAGGGUUCUAGAAAAGGGUCCCUUAGUUCUGUAACUCCAUCUCCCACCCCAGAGAAUGAGAAACAGCCAUGGAGUGAUUUUGCUGUUCUGAAUGGGGGAAAGAUUAAUAGUGACAUUUGGAAGGAUUUGCAUGCAGCCACAGUUAACCCAGACCCCAGUUUAAAAGAGUUUGAAGGAGCGACCUUACGCUACGCAUCUUUGAAACUCAGACAUGCCCCGCAGGCUGACGAGGAGGACUCGUGUAGCAUCAACAGUGACCCAGAAGCCAAGUGCUUUGCUGUCCGCUCUCUGGGAUGGGUAGAAAUGGCAGAAGAGGACCUUGCCCCUGGUAAGAGCAGCGUGGCGGUGAAUAACUGCAUCCGACAGCUUUCGUACUGCAAAAAUGACAUCCGAGACACAGUCGGCAUUUGGGGAGAGGGGAAAGACAUGUAUCUCAUUCUGGAGAAUGACAUGCUAAAUCUGGUUGACCCCAUGGACCGCACUGUCCUUCAUUCUCAACCCAUCGUGAGCAUCCGUGUAUGGGGCGUGGGCCGAGACAAUGGCCGAGAUUUUGCUUAUGUAGCGAGAGAUAAAGACACCAGGAUUUUGAAAUGUCACGUGUUUCGAUGUGACACGCCAGCCAAGGCCAUCGCCACGAGCCUUCACGAAAUCUGUUCCAAGAUCAUGGCCGAACGGAAGAAUGCCAAAGCUGUCGCCUGCAGCUCAUUACAGGAAAGAACUAAUGGGAAUCUCGACGUUCCUUUGCAAGUAGAUUUUCCAACACCAAAGACUGAACUGGUACAGAAGUUCCACGUGCAGUACUUGGGCAUGCUACCUGUAGAUAAACCAGUAGGUAUGGAUACCUUGAAUAAUGCCAUAGAAAGUUUGACGAGCUCAUCGAACAAAGAAGAUUGGCUGCCAGUUACCAUGAAUGUCGCAGAUGCGACUGUGACCGUCAUCAGCGAAAAGAAUGAAGAGGAAAUUCUGGUGGAGUGCCGUGUUCGAUUCUUGUCUUUCAUGGGAGUUGGCAAGGACGUUCAUACUUUUGCCUUCAUCAUGGACACAGGGAAUCAGCGUUUUGAGUGCCACGUCUUCUGGUGUGAGCCUAAUGCAGGCAAUGUAUCAGAAGCUGUACAAGCUGCAUGCAUGUUACGGUAUCAGAAGUGCUUGGUUGCCCGACCUCCUUCACAGAAAGUUCGGCCACCCCCACCUCCAGCAGACUCGGUGACCAGAAGAGUCACAACCAACGUAAAACGAGGCGUCUUAUCUCUCAUUGACACUUUGAAACAGAAACGUCCUGUUACUGAAACGCCAUAACCGCACACAUGCAAGGGUUCUCUUACCUGAAGAGCUCGUAGCUACACACACUACAGAAACAUGAACUAUUUUGCCUUCCAUUCAAUUGCUUUGUCUUCAGAAAAUAAAACAAUGUUAGACAAG